AUGACAGCUGCCAUGAAAUGCUGUGUACAUAAGCAGCAAGAUCUUGCUCAAGUAACCAAUCCUCUGGUCCAUCAACUCUCAAAUGAAAGCAGGGUUUCUCGAGCAGACUCUCUCUGUGAGUUCUUUGAUGCACAGGAAGUCUUGCUGUCAGCGAGCUCAUCAGAGAAUGAGGCCUCAGAUGAUGAUUCAUAUGUCAGUGACAUAAGUGACAAUGUUUCAGAGGAUAACUUGAGCACCGACGCAGAGACAAAUUCUCAGAAUGCAUGCCGUGCCCAAAAUUGUACAAGUCACAAUGUUAGAAGAAGAUCAUGCCUGCCAGCUCCAGGAUCAGCCAACAGUAAAAUAAGCUUGUGGAAUAUUCUAAGGAAUAACGUAGGGAAAGAUCUUUCUAAAGUUUCCAUGCCAGUGCAGUUAAACGAACCAGUGAACACGCUGCAGCGCCUCUGUGAAGAACUGGAAUACAGUGAGCUACUGGAUAAGGCAUCUCAAUCUGAUGACCCAUUUGAAAGAAUGGUUUUUGUGGCAGCUUUUGCAGUUUCAGCAUAUGCAUCUUCAUAUUACAGAGCUGGAAGUAAGCCAUUUAACCCAGUUCUAGGGGAGACAUAUGAAUGCAUAAGAAAAGAACAAGGCUUCCAGUUUAUUGCUGAACAGGUGAGCCACCAUCCUCCAAUAUCAGCAUGUCACGCUGAAUCAAAAAACUUUACUUUCUGGCAAGACGUGAGGUGGAAGAACAAGUUCUGGGGUAAAUCAAUGGAGAUUGUUCCUGUUGGUACAAUUCAUGUAACUCUACCAACGUAUGGAGAUCAUUAUGAAUGGAGUAAAGUAACCUCUUGUGUACACAAUAUUUUGAGUGGACAGAGAUGGAUAGAGCAUUAUGGAGACAUUCUCAUUAAAAAUACGAAUAGCAGCAUUUGCCAAUGCAAGUUGACAUUUGUGAAGGCAAAAUAUUGGAAUUCAAAUGUUAAUGAGGUUGAAGGGACAGUAAUGGAUGAAAGGGGAAAAGUAGUAAAUCGACUGUUUGGGAGAUGGCAUGAAGGUAUAUAUUGUGGAACACCCCCAUCGGCAACCUGCAUCUGGAGACCAAAUGCCAUGCCAAAAGACUUUGAGCAGUACUACGGUCUUACCAAAUACGCACUAGGAUUGAAUGAAAUGGAACCUGAUGAAAAGUUAUAUCUACCACGCACUGAUACAAGAUUUAGACCUGAUCAAAGAUGCUUGGAAGAAGGUAACAUAGAGGCUGCAGAAGCUCAGAAAGAAAGAAUUGAACAACUUCAAAGAGAAAGGAGGAGAAUUCUUGAAGAAAACAACAUGACACAUCAACCUCAAUUUUUUAGACAAUCUUGCGAAGGUGGAGAGGACAUGUGGGUGAGCACGGGGACCUACUGGGAACUUCGGAAAGAUCCAGGCUUCGACAAGCUUGACAGUCUAAUACUUUGGUGACACUGUAACACUUUUUGUUUCAUUCUGUGUUUCAUGGGUAUCAUCAUUUAUUUAUUACUAAUAUAUCUGUACCAUCUUCAUUUGGUAAUCUUCAAAUAUAUGUGGUUAUUUUUCAAUUUAUUCUUUUUAAAUUUGUAAAGAUAUGAAAACUUAUCUCUUACUGACUUAAUGCCUUAAACUGUAGAAUAUAAAACCUGUGCAAUCUUUGCUUCAAAUAGCACUUUAAGCAGUGCAGAGUUUGAUUAUUUACAAGAAACAAAGCACAAACAGUAGAUGCAUAAUAUAUAAGUAUUUAUUGCUUGCAAAGAGAAUGAUCACAUGUUCCUCUAUAAACUAGUAUCUCAAGAUGCUAUUGUGUUGUUCCUUUUACGAAGGCACAUUGUAUACUUCCAAUAUUGACCUUAUUCCAAGCAAAAUACAGAAUCAUUGAAUGGCAGUGGCAUGUAUUCAAGGUACUUUAAUAGUCAGGUGUAUCUAUUAUUUUAAUGUACCUGCUUUUAAAAUAGAACACUCUAAGAUCCUUCAAAUAAAGCAUUUCUACAGUAAAAAUUUGUCACUAAGACCAGGAACCUUCUGCUACAUUCAGACCAAAUGCUGACAUCAGCAUAAAACUACAUUUAAAACUUUUUUUCUUGGUCUUGCUGCCUGUUUCCUUCCCUGCCCUCACCAAUGUGGGAAAAAAUGUGCCUGAGCUUAUGGAAGAAUGUUGAUAAGCCAAAAGGAAGCUUGAAUGCAAGCAAUUUUAACCCUUUCCUAGUAACUGGAAACUGGUACAAAUUUUGAACCUAUGUCUAUUUUUAACCCUGGAGGAAACAUGAAUCUUGCCCCAACAAAAUCUUGUCAAAUGAGUGGAAAAAAAUUUUAAACUACCUAAUUAUGAUUUGCUGAAUACGUACCCAGUUUAAGGAAUGUCAACCAUCCAUGAAUAUAGAGGUGUAACUGUUGGAUUUUUUUUCACAAUUUUUCCUGUGUCUACUACAGCUCAGUUGGUAGCACUCUCAUCUCUGAGCCUCAUGAUUCCAUGUUAAGGUCCCUCUCCUUGUCUUGAAUCCACAACAACAAAGGCUAACACCCCAUAGCGUUGCUGAGGGAGCACUACCUUGUCAUUCAGAUUAAACAUUAUAACUGAGGCUCCAUGUGCCUGUACAGGUGGAUGUAAAAGGUCCCAUGGCACUAUUUUGCAGAAGAGCGGGAGUGUUAUCUCUACUGUCCAGGCCAAUAUCUAUUGCUCAAUCAAUAUCCUUAAAACAGGGCAUCAUUACAUUGUUAGCCACAUUCACAUUUUAAAAAAUGUUGGUAGAGUUUGGUUAUUAGCCUAUGACACAACCUAAGGAGAAACACACAUUUUCGUAGAUAUUUCUACUUGAUCACAAUAGCUAGUCUUUAAUACGUUGAUGUACAAUUGAUCCUAUAUCAAGUAUUAAUUUGUCUGUUACAGCACAUGAAGUAGGCCGUGGGAAGCUGUUGAUAGGUUUCACCAUUCUAAAAAUUUUCAGGUUUUUUUUGUACACAUGCUACCUCUGUCAAUAAAGCAAAUAAUUUUAUCUUGUCCAGCUCUUAAUGCUGCAUGUGAAUCCUUUUGCCUUAAGUUAAAUCACUCCAAGAGAAAAACGUGGCCUUUUUGAUCUGAUGACAGGACAAUCCUCAAGCCACAAACUUGUCAGAAGGGGAAACUGCUUCCAUCUAUCAUCUAUAUCUUCCUGUCAUGUUAGCUGUGAACUGACCUGCAAUUUAUUGUCAGCAAGAUGGUAGCAAUGGCAAUCACAUAAUUUGCUGGCAAGAUUUGUACUGUAAUUGGGGCGAAUUUGUUUUACCUUAUUCCACUCAGCCUGCUUUGGUUUCUCUUUCCCACUCUUCAAAGACAGAAUGAUAGUAUGCGGUAACUUUGUGUAAAAUGUCAUCUAGUGGCAGGUCAGUUUAAGUUUAUUGUGCCUCCAGCACUCUUAUGUAAAAUGGGCUUCAAUGGGAGGUAUGAAACAUUUAAGUCAAGAACUACUAAUUGCAUUUAAAGAAAUGAAAUGAAAGUUUUCUUUGGUGUUUAAUUGCAUAUUGUCUCCUUUCUGUUCCGUGCCAUUAAAGUACAACACCUUUUCAAAAAUACAGCUAUUUACAGUGUGUUGAACGAGCUGAAAUGUGCAGUUGAAACUGAUACUUUGAGUGCAUUGAUGCAAACAGCUUUUGUAUAUGUGUAGUUUUUUAUGUUUACAUAUGCUGCUGCUUUUCUCCAUUUUAUGUUGUUGAAUCAUCUACAAGAUAGGAAAUGAUUUUCUAACCGAUGAAUAUUACGCCGCAGCUGUACAGCGCUACAACUUUGAGGAAACCACAGUUUGGCAGUUUCUACUAUUCUCUAUUUGCCUAUCAAAGGAUUGUUAUAAAGCUUCAUUAAAGGAGAAUUCAGAAUAUUAAUCUAAGUGCGUGAAAUUAAAUAACUGUUCCAGGUAGUUAAUUUUAAAAUGUUUCUGAUGAGUCUAUUUGUUGUCAUUAGUAACCCUGCAAUUGAUUGUAACAAAUCACCUGAGAUCAGUUAGGUGAUCACUCACCCUUGCCACUCCACUACAUCCAAAUGUACUUGUAUAGCUGAAUUCUUUAAAUAGGAUUAGUACUUCUAAACACAGUGUGUCACUUUCUAAGCAACAUUAGUUAUCAGAGACAACAAGGUGCAGAGCUGGAUGAACA